AUAAUUUGAUCCGUUUAUUAUGCCUCUAAUUACCAAACAUCAUCAUUAUUAUUUAACGCAACAUAAUUAGCGCAACUGCGUGCAGGUGUUGGGAGCGUCACGAGCUUAUAAAGCCGAGGCGGAGGCUGAUACGAUAGUUUAAACAGACAAGAUAAAGAGAGAAAAAAGAAAAAGAAAAUUCACGAAAACGAAAUAGUUGGAAAGAACACGUUGGGAAAAUGAACGCACAAAUGGUGAAGAAAGAAGACGCGGUGCAGCGACCGCAACUCUUUAAUUGCGCGUACGAUGAUUGCGGCGCGACAUUCACGCGUCGGUGGCGUCUGAAGGAGCACGAGACAGUGCACACUGGAGCGCGACCUCACAAGUGUCCAGUGGCGGAAUGCGGACGCAGUUUCUCCCGUAAAUCGCAUCUAAGUCGGCAUGAUUUAGUACACAAGGAAGAAAAAAACUUUAGCUGCACUGCCGCUGCCUGUACCAAGAGCUUCUUUUCUGUUGAUAAACUGAAGCGACAUGUGCUUUACGCGCACGGCGAGAACCAAGAGUAUUUCAAGUGUAGAGAUCCACAGUGCUCGCAGACGUUCAAGAAACGGCGAGCGUUAAAGCAGCACCUGGCGACGCACGGCACGUCAAGUUUCAGGUGCUCCAAAGGCCACUGUGGGAUGAGGUUUGAGUCUCACAUUGCUCUGAAAGCUCACGAGAAAAGACAUGCAGGCUAUCGCUGUCUUCAAGCUGACUGCACCAUCAGUGCGCACACCUGGGGGAAUUUACUGAAGCACAUGGCCUGUCACCCUGCGUCGUUUUCCUGUAUGGUGUGUAAAAAGGCCUUCCGCAAGCGUGACGCUUUGCGGAGACACAAGCGCACUCAUGCGCUGCAAAAGCCAGUGUUGCUAUGUCCCAGUGAGGGCUGCCAGGCGUUUUUCUCCACAACCUUCAACCUGCAGCAUCACAUUCGAAAAGUCCACCUGCAGCUGCUGACACACCGCUGCUCAUUUCCUAGCUGCAGCAAAGCGUUUGCCAUGCGCGAAAGUCUCUCUCGCCAUAUGUUGCAUCAUGAGCCUGAGGUGGCCAAACUCAAGCACCCACACAAGCGGAGCAGCAAGAGUUGGCAGAAGCGUUUGGAGGGGCGAAACCGUCAUCCACUGGUUGAAGAUCUGCGUCAACUCUUUUGUGCACAUGAACAUCUCUCACAGAGCCAAACUGGAAGCCGAUCUGACGGGCCUCUUCAAUGAACGCAAGAUCCCACACCGCAUCGAUCCUGAAGUUGAUCUGCGAGCUCUCUUCAGUAUCAGACCGACUCAACUGAAGGUGGCUGA